UUUGUGUUUUUAAGAAAACUUCCAUUCCAGAGACUUGUUCGUGAAAUUGCCCAGGACUUCAAGACUGAUUUGCGUUUCCAGAGUCACGCUGUGUUGGCAUUGCAAGAAGCAGCUGAAGCCUACUUGGUUGGUUUGUUUGAGGACACUAACUUGUGUGCCAUCCACGCAAAGCGUGUCACUAUCAUGCCCAAGGAUAUUCAACUUGCUAGGAGGAUCAGAGGAGAAAGGGCUUGAUCAACCAGUGCUGAUGAUGGUGUCUGGGAGGAGGAUGUGUUUAGUAUAUGGUGUCAGUUUAUUAUACAUGAUUUUUCUUUUGGGUUGUGUUUUCUGGAAGUGCUAGUAGCGAGGAAGAAGAUCUUGAACCUAUAUGACUAUUAUGUUAGGUGUUAUUUUGCUGUGGUUCUACACCACUAGUAGAACUUGAAUGACUAUUAUGUUAGGUUUUAUUUUCCA